AGUGCGCACUAGUGGCUAGUGCUUGUAAAGAAGUUCUCAGGAUUUAAUUUUGAACAAAAUUUUUCCGUUUUACUCAUUAUAAUAAUAAUUAAACAGAAUUUUAAAGAAUAAUAACUUUCUUCAGAAGGCGCGUGGCCUAGGGCCUCAUUUAUUUUACAUCCAAAAUUUGUAAAUUUUUAAAAUUGAAAAAUGUUUGGUCAAUCGAGCUUUGGAACGAGUGCAGCACCAGUUUUUGGUGCAAACACAUCGCUCUUUAAUACAAAACCAGCUGGUACACAACCGGCGACAUUAUUUGGCAAUACAACAGGUGGUAAUGUUUCCGCUUUUGGACAACCAGCAACAACACAAUCGUCAUUUGGCGCAUUUGGCAAUACAAAUACAAAUGCAAAUUUAUUUGGUGCACAACCGGCGGUGAGUACAAAUUUAUUUGGCACAACAUCAACACUCGCAUUUGGCCAGGCGAAUAAACCAUCUGGUUUUGGAUUUGGAGCAACAACAAAUACAACAUUAUUUGGACAACCGCAACAAACACCACAGCAAACAACGCCAUUUGGCCAGGCAAAUAAACCGGCUGGUUUUGGUUUUGGCGCAACACCAUCGACAAAUCUUUUUGGACAAGCACAACAAACAACGCCAUUUGGCCAGACAAACACCGCGGCAAAUACGAGUCUGUUUGGUAAUGCUGGUGGUUUUGGAUCAACAGCAACAGCCGGAAAUAUGGUUGGAACCUAUAUUAAAUUUACUCCAUUCACCGGAACUGAUUCAAUGAUGAAAAAUGGAGUGCCACAAACUAUUCAGACAAAACAUCAUUGUAUUACUUGCAUGAAGGAGUAUGAGACGAAAUCAUUAGAGGAAUUGAGAUUUGAGGAUUAUACCGUGGGCAGAAAAGGUGGAGCACAAGCUCAAACAACGGGACUUUUCGGUGCAGCUGCACAGACAUCACCAUUUGGAAAUGCAAAUCCAGUGGCAAGUACAUCGUCAUCGACUUUCGGCGGUAUUGGCGGUGGUUUUGGUGCAACGAGUCAAUCGGGUGGAACAAAUCUUUUCAAUAAGCCAAUCACUGGUUUCGGUGCACCAGCCACGACAACAAGUGCAUUCGCCUUUAAUGCAGCACCAUCGACAAAUCUCUUCAACACGAAUGCACAGCCAAAACCAUUCGGCGCUGCAGCUCCGGCAACAUUAUUCUCCACAGCAACAACAGCUCCAACAGCCACUGGUUUUGGAACAACAACAACCGGCUUUGGAUCAUUUGGCGCAGCACAACCAAAUCAAAGUAUCGGACUCUUUAAUCAAAAUAAAUCCGCUUUCACAAUGCCAGCAUCAACAGCAAGCACUGGUUUUGGUGGUUUCGGUCAACCGACAACAACAAACACUGGUACAAGUUUAUUUGGCGCAAAACCUGCGGGAACAACUGGUUUCGGUGCAACGCCAGCGUUUGGCGCAACAACAGCGCCCGCAUUCGGACAAACACUCGGCUUUGGAAAUCAGCCGAAUACAAAUACAACACUUUUCAAUAAUUCCUUCAAACCAGCGGGACAAACAACGGGUUUCAGUUUCAGUAAUACAGGAACAACGAACGCACUCGGUACAACAAGUACCCUUAAUCUCGGAGGUGGUACAUCACUAUUCAAUCAACAGAAACCGGGCGGUUUAUUUGGAACAACGGGAACAACCGGCUUUAAUAACACCGGCGCUUUUGGCGCUUCGACCGGUUUUGGUGCCGGCGCAUCGACAAUGGGACAAUUUGGCACCGGUCUCUUGGGCCUCGGUACAAAUCAAAAUCCCCCAACGAAUGGCUCAGUGCCGGUUCAUCAGCAAAUUUUGGCACUAGUUUCAGCGCCAUUUGGCGACUCACCACUGUUGAAGAAUCUUCUACCAGCUUCGGGUAAAGCCGAAGAACUCAUCAAACCACCGAAUCAAUUGAAUCGAACACUAAAUAGCCCCCAGUAUAAAGUCACCGCCACGAAUAGUUCGCCGAAAAUAAAAGCAAAAGUCGUCACUGCUGGGCAUUUAUCGAAAAAAUCCCUAUUCGAAGGACUCGAGGAGGAGGAUCCAUCACUACUCGAGGCUUUUCAACCACGACCGAACGCAAAACGUUUGGUGCUGAGACCAAAGUCGACAAUUGUCACACAGGUAGAGGAGAAUAGUUUGAAUGGUACGGCGGAGAAUUUGGCAAGUCCAAGAAAUGGCGAUAGUCCACAGAUCGAAUUACCGAAUAAGGAGAAUGAAAAUCAGAGUGGUGGGAAUCGGCGAUUAUCGUCCGAUCGUCGUUCGUCGACUUCUUGGCUAAAGUCAACGAUUCCGAGAAAGAAGACUGAGGAUGAUUUAGAUGUUCCACAGUCGCCUUUCCGUGGGACGGAUAUUCAGGAAGAGACGCUCGACAACACGGUUGUUGAACUAAGAUCCAGUUCGCAGAACAAACAGUUCGUUUCCCUCUUUAUGAAAAAUUCGCCCCUUAACGUUUCUCUACAGGAGAAGAGUAUCGAGUCAGUGGAACGUGAUUCGGAGUCGGAGCGGGAAUUGGACGACACUCCGCUUACGGGACAAGUGGAGAUUACCCGAUUGUGCCAGGUGAAGCUACAACGUGUCGGUUAUUACACAAUUCCACCUUUGGACAAACUGGACGAUUAUGUCUGUGGCGAAACUUGUAUAGUGCCGAAUUUCACCGUCGGACGGAAGGGUUACGGAAAUGUCUACUUUCCUGAGUCGUUCGAUAUUUUCGGUCUCAAUUUAGACGAGAUUGUUCACUUUCGACACAAGGAGGUGAUCAUCUAUCCGGACGAUGACAAAAAACCGGCUAUAGGACAGGAUUUAAAUCGAAAAGCGCAGGUGACAUUGGAUCGAGUCUGGCCGCACGAUAAAACGCGCCACGAGCCUAUUACAGAUCCACAUCGUCUACAGGAGAUGAAUUACGAAGGAAAGCUCAGGAGAGUUUCCGCUAAGCACGAUACACGAUUUUUGGAAUACAGACCCGAGACCGGAAGUUGGGUGUUCAAGGUUGAUCAUUUUUCCAAGUACGGCUUGAGCGAUUCGGAUGAUGAUGAUGAAGAAGUCCAGAAUUCGGAGGCUAAGAAACUGAAGAUGAAACCACGGAGAAAAUCACAGGAGAAAAGUGAGAGUUUGGAAGAGGAUUUGUUGAAGAAGGAUUUAUUGAAUACUAACGGUUUGAGGGGUGAAUAUUUACCGAUGGAGUUUUAUCAAGGGAAGGAGACGUGUCGAUUUGAGAAGACGCAGUCGGCCUUGAGUCCGACUUCGAUGUACGCUAGGAUUAUUGGAACUGAUAGUCAUAAAUUGCAGUUGAUGAAGGCGGAUUUAUUCGAGACGAAUGAUGAGAUGUUUGAUGAGGGGGAAAAUCGGGAGAAAUUGACAAUUGACUAUCAUGCGACAGUGAUGGAGCAAAUACCGGUGUUGAGAUCGAACUUGGCACUUCAGGGUUCUUUUGCUAUGGAGACGAUUGAGGAUCAUUUGAAGGAUGUGAAGAAACAGGUGGAGGAGAUACCGGUGGCGAAGCCGAUUUUUAGUAAGGUUCUACCGCUGCCUGUGGUGAGGCCGAAGACGGUGAUUUUGAAGUCGAGAACGGAGGUGGUGCCACUGAAAGACUCGGUGAUUGAUCGUUUACAUGCAGGUUGCAUUGCGGAUCAGGGGAUUGUCUUUGGGAGGAAGUUCAAGGCGAGCUGGGGUCCGGGACUGACGUUAAUUUCGCUGAGUACGCAGGAGCAGGCUUCGAAGGUGCCUUUGAGGAAUUGUGUGAGUCAGUUGGGUUCGUACUUGUCCGGGCGUUUUAUGUACGACAUGACGUCGACGAGUAUUGUGCAGAGGUUGCAAAUUCUUGGAGGCACUGGAGCGGAACCGAGUUAUUUGCUUUCGUUCAAGGACAGUAUUCAGGGACAUUUGAGAGUUCAACUGGAGCAUUGCAUUAUGGGUCAGGAGGGCGAUUGUCCGGCGAUUGGAGCGGCGACGGGAACUUCGGGAGUUUCGGCCCUGCAAGCACACUGCAAGUUGGCGCAGGAAUUUGCGAAUCAGAUCGAUGGGACUUUGGAGUGUCAGGUGGAGAUUGACAAAAUGGCGAAAUAUGCCAGCGAUGUUUGGCGAUUGUGCGUCGCUCUUUGGGGAAAUCUGCCGGAUAUUGAUUAUAAAUUUGAUGACAAGGAGGGACAUAAGAGUGUGAUGGUGCGGAAGGAGGCUUUCAGUGAGUGGUUGCAGUCGGUGGUGGAGAAGCCGGUGAAAGCGAGACUUAAUGACAUUGUCUCCGAGGAUAAUAUAAUGUUCGAGCUGCUCUCGGCGAAUAAAUUGGAAGACGCUUGUUUCCUGGCUAGAAAAGUGGUCGGAGAUCAUUGUCUGGCUUUGUUGAUGUCACAAUUGGGAGGCACGACGGCAGUGAGGGAAUUGAUAAGACAGCAACUCGCUUUGUGGCAAGAGACGGACGUUGAUGGUGAUUUGUCGAUUUAUCGACUGAAAUUGUUCAUGCUGAUCGCGGGCGAGCCGUUGAUUUGCAGUAAACAGGGGACGAUCAACGUUUGUGAGAAUCUUGACUGGAAGAGAGCGUUGGCACUACAUUUGUGGUAUCUCUCGCAGCCGACAGCUUCAAUUACUGACGCUUUGGAACUCUAUGAGAAUGCUUUUAAUACGAAACCAUCGGAAGUUUAUGCCGCUGAGCCACGACCGGAUUAUUCUCUAGACGAUUAUGAAAUGGAACUGAAGAGUGGAAAAACAAUAUACGAUUUGUGCUUUCAUUUGAUGAAACUUUAUUGUACUGGUAAUCAUCCGUUGGAGGAGGUGUUGAAUCCAUUGACACAUACGGCAGAUCCAUUGGAUUAUCGACUUUGUUGGUUGAUGCAACAGAUGUUGGUUGGAUUGGGUUACACGCAUUUAUCGGAUUACGUGACGGCGCUCACUCAUGCUAAUUUUGCUGCACAAUUGGAAACUUAUGAUUUGUGGCAUUGGGCUAUUUUUGUCGUUUUGCAUCUACAAGAUUCGGGGAGGAGGAAGAGUGCUGUUUUGGAUUUAUUGGCGAGACACGUGGAAUUGGACGAGAAUGAGGAUUAUGUUAAACGAGAGAAUUUCUUGUCCGAGGAACUUGGAAUACCUUCCAUCUGGAUCAAUCAGGCGAAAGCGGUCAAGGCUUGCGCUUCUAAACGAUAUGGAGAAGCUGCUUGGUAUUUAACUCAAGCUGAGCAAUGGAAUAAAGCACAUGAAAUUAUAAUUGAACAUCUUGCAGCCGAUGCAAUUAUAAAUGAAAAUUAUGACUAUCUUAAAUCACUUUUGACACCCUUGAUUCAAGAGGAAUGUAAUAAUAUUAUCAGCGGUUGGGCACAUCAAGGUCAACUUUUAUGGGACUACAUUGAAGUUACUAAUGAAAUAAACAUUCUUUUGCAAACACCAGAUUGUAACGAAAUUGGUUAUAAACUGGAACUUCUUCAGCCGCAGUUGACUUCUCUCUGUGCAAAAAUUAGUUUAUUUCCAUGUCCCACCGCAAAACACAGACUGUGCCAAGCAGAGAUAGCGAAAAGAACUCUUCAAUUGGCCAGAAGUUUAUUGAUGUUACAAUCAAACGAUAGUAAAUUAACAGGAAAAGUUUUGGUACAUUUAAUUUCACAACUACCAUUACCAGAAGAUUAUACACAGCAGGAGCUUCGACCAAUUAUAAAUAUUUACGCCGCCGAAGUAGUACACUAAACCUAGAGAAGAAAACAAAAAAAUGAACGACAAAAUAUUUUCCUUUUUUAAAAAUUAUAUAAAAAUUUAACUAUUUCAGUUUAUGACGAAUUAUUUCCGAAUAGCAUUAAUAAUGCUAGUAAAUCGUCUAUUCUAAUUUAUUUUAAACAAAAUUUCAAAAAAAGGAAGGAAAAAGAAAAAACAAAAAACAAUGAUCAAUUUAAAAAUAUGGAGACAAAAAAAGUAGAAUAAGUAGAAAUUUGUUUUCCUUUGAAACUAAAAAAAAAGAAAUGUUUCUAAAGACAAAUAAGAAAAAAGCUAGGCAAUUUUUCUGGUUUAGUAUUUGUAUUAAAAAAAGAAGAAAAAAAAAACAAGUAACAAAAAAGUCUCUUACAUAUUAUUAAAAUAUUGUUUACUUUGAAUCUAGAUUAAGUUGUGUAAUCAUAAUUUGAAUCUUUAAUUAAGUUGUGUAAUAAUUAGAAUUUUUAAUAAGUUAUGUAAUGAUCCUAAGUAUGGUUUUAAUAUCGUACAAUUAUUUGUUGACGAUCUUCGAAUCACUUUGUUAGACUUCAUCUCUUUUUUUUAUAUUUUUAUAUAGGAGAAAAUCGUGUAAAAGUUUGUGGAGAAAAAUGUACAGAAGAAAUAUCCAUCAGUUCUAGGGAAAGUUCUUUUUGACAGUUGUAAAUUUAUCAUUAAAUUUUUUUUUCGUUUUUUUUUUGUUAGAAAAUAAAAUCACAUUAUUUUGUACGAUUAGAAUUUUAAAACUGUACUUUUAGAUAUUUUCUAUGUAUAUUGUAAUUAUGGAUUUGUUUCCAGAUUUUUUGUUCUAAAAAUGUAAGAAGAAAAAAUCAAUUUUUGAACGAGCGAAAAACAUUCUAAAUAAAGGCAAUUAUUACAGUAA